AUGAAUAUAAGUGAACUAUUGCUACCUAUAGAAACCAACACUAAUACUAGUAUCACUCUUAAUACUACUACUACUACUACUACUGAACCUAUUGUUACUACCAAUGGUGAACCGAUUCAAGAUAAUGAUCUAAUGAUAAUGUGGGAGAAGUUACUAUUAAAUGCUGGAUUUAAAAUGAAAACUUGCAAUGAACGUAAUACACUAACAGACAACUUAUUGACGCCUAUGAUCAAAUCAAGAUUUAUAAAGCAAGAUAUACCAAUUCAUAUCAAAAUCAUAGGUAGACACCUAAAUGGUUCAUUCAGAUGUCACAUUGGUACUAGUAAAGCGUCUCGACCGAUUCGAUCCACUGAAUUGAAUCAGCAAAUGCGGCUUUUAGCUGUCUUCUUUCGUACAGAAAAUGCAAAGAGUCAAUUAAUUUCACCGGAAUUUAUAUUCUUUCCUACAUGGUUACUACAUUUAUUUCGCUAUACCCAACAUGGUUCAACACCUGGUAGGACAGAUGUUCGAUUCCUAGAGAACGCAAGUAUGGCCAAGGAGGACCAUAUCUAUCGUCUGAAUCACGUACUCAAUACCCUCUUCCGUUUCAACCUUCGAGACAUUCAGAAUUCAAACAAGUUGAUGAACGUUAUCGAACUCGCCAACUAUUUAUUUGAUACCGCUGGAUUGGAUUACCUUGAUCUACCUCGUCCCAUCUUCUCUGUUGAAAGAAGUCAAUAUGUUCAAUCAUCCCCUCAACCCAUUCUCUACGCCACCUUAUUACUAUUAUUGCAUACCCCACGACCUGCUAAAUUUAAACCCAUGUGUUUGAAUUGCAAUACCAAGUUUGCAUCAAGACGUCGCUUAUGUGUCGCCUGUUACCGAUACCAACUCAAACAUGGUGAAUCUAGACCGCUUCGGUUGAUUGUUGCCAAUCGUCCUGGUCCUAAGUUGCUUGAAAAAGUAAAUCAAGAGGAUACAAAACUACUGCCUAUGGUAUUUUAUGCUCCAUCAAGUCAUAAAAGUAAUGAUGCUUCCCGCAACUUGAAAAAAUCGUGUGCCAACUGCGGUGUGCGUGAAACUCAUCAAUGGUAUCGCAACUUGUGUGGUCAUGGUCACUGGUGUGAAACCUGUAAGAGCUAUUACCUUCGCCAUAACAAGAUUCGUCCUCCCGAGUUGUUUAUCAAGGCAGCCAAGCGUAAGGUCGACGUACGAUCCUUGGUCAGUUGGACCAAUUGGUCAUGGGAUGAUGUUCCUCUUGAAUCUGUUCAAGCAGAACUUAAUACGAUGAUCAGUCCAAUUCAGAGUCCUUCAAACAGUAGCAUGUCCUCUACUUCUCAACCCACAACCCCUCAAUCAGAGCAUCCCUCCAGUGAUUUAUUUUUUAAAAGAAGAUCAUCUGCAUUUUAUCUUUGCCAAUAG